UGUUUUCAUACCAAGAGCACGCUCAAGUCUUAUUCUUUGGGAUGUUUAUCUCUGCCGAAAAAAGUAGUCUUUAUUUCCGUAGUUCUAUGUGUAAGGGCUAAUAUUCAAUCUUUAUUGUUUGAUUCAUGGAGAUAUUAGAAUUUCCUUCUUAUAUAUAUGUUAAUACAAGUGGGUAUUCCAGGAUACCAAGAAUACUUUCACAGUUUUACUACCCAUCUGGAAAAUCUUGAAUUUAAAAUAUGGUGAGACAAGAAGUUUCUAUUUUUGUGAGUAAAAUGACUAAGAGUAUUCUUAUUAGUUAUUACUAUGCACAGAUAGAUAGAGACAUCAAGGGUUUAGACAAUUUCAUGCAUUUGCUUCUGCUUCAAUUUCUAUGCUGAGGAUGUUUAUAACCUUUGUGAUUCUUUUUUUGUUGAUAAAAGCUUCUUGAUGAACCAAAGUUAUAACAUUCGCUGCCAUUUUCUCUUUUUCCGAAUAUACUAGGUAGUACCAAUGGAUUCUCAUUCAAAGCUUGAAGAAAGAGUUAGAGAUAGGAUAAGUGAAUUGCCAGAUCUUGUUCUUAUUCACAUAGUUUCAUUUCUUGAAACGAAAUAUGCUGUGAGGACCAGCAUUUUGUCCACAAGAUGGAAGGGUAUAUGGGCCUUUAGUCCCAAUCUGGACUUCCGCGAUAGAUUUACGAAGAACAAAGCUGGUUUUGUGGAUUUUGUUGAUAGGGUACUUAUCUUCCGUGACGCGGAUAUUCAAAAGUUUCGUCUCGAAUGUUCCAAUAUUGGGGAUUUCUCUCGUAUUUAUAGCUGGAUUCGUACUGCAGUUAGGCAUAACGUUGUUGAAGUUGAUCUUAAUUUUGGAUCCAACAGAGACCAGGUUUAUGAGUUGCCAGACAGCCUUUUUAUGUGUAAAUCACUGGAGGUGUUGAAGGUGGUAUCGGGAUGUAUUACUUUUGAUCCUCCAUCACAGAGGUUUCCCAGUCUCAAGGUCCUCAAUGCUUGUCUUUAUUAUCCUAACAAUGACUCAAUGGAGAGGCUUUUCUCUUGCUGCCCUGCACUAGAAUAUUUGUCUAUAAGGGCAACUAUUGGAGAUGAGGUUUUGAAUUUCAAAGUGUCUGCACCUGAACUGAAUACAUUUAAGGUAGAUUUGUUCAAUGCGUAUAAAGAUGAAAAUGAAUAUCACAGCGAAGAUGAAGAUGAAGCUCCUGAAUGCAUUGAUGUCUACAACUUCUUCAUUAAUGCCCCAAAGCUUGAAACCAUUGAUAUCCAUACCGAUAUCUUGUCAAAUUUUUUCUUUGAAAAUGCAGCAUCACUAAUGAAAGCCAAUAUUAAUCUCACUGACCAUGAUUCAAGUGAACGGCGUACCUUUGCUAAUUGUGCAACUGCACUUCUGGCAGCAGUUUCCAAUGUUAAGGAUUUGUCUCUUUCAGCUCAUUGUUUCAAGGCUUGUUAUCUCCCCGCUUUUGAUAACUUAAGCAAAUUGAAGCUGGUUUUUCAAGAUUGCCAUCACCUGGAAUUGCUGUUACCAGAGUUUCUCAUCAGAUCACCUAAACUGGAAUCUCUCAUCAUAGAUCAUUUUGAGUAUGCUUGUGGAGAACAUACCAACAACCGUCGUUGGAGUCAACCAAAGAAGGUGCCAAAUUGUUUGCUGUCACAGCUCAAGACUAUCAGCCUGAGGGGAUUAAGAGGAGCUCCUGAUGAAAUGAAAAUGGCAAAGUAUUUGUUAAUGACUGGUAAAGUUCUGGAAACAUUGACUGUUUCAACUACAACUGACAGGGAUCUUCUUUCUGUGUAUGCAACAGAGAAGGAAUUACAGAAGACAUUCUGUACCUUUCAAAAGGGUUCAAAGACUUGUGUAGUUAAAUUCGUCAAAGACAAAGUUAGUAGGUCCCUAGACUAUUUGUUGUGGGUGAAUGAGGUUCUUAUUGGAUAUGAUGAUUAUGAAGAAGGGGAUUGGAUUUUGAAAUAUAAUUGGACUAGUUUUGAAAGAUAUAAAACACCAGUGAUAUUGGAUUUGAAACAUCAGUUACAUAUGGAUUCGAAGUCUAAGAGUCAAGCAAAAGCUAAAGACAGGAUCAGUGAAUUGCCUGAAGCAGUUCUUUGUCACAUACUUUCGUUCCUUCCCACCAAAUACAGUUUCAGGACCAGCAUUUUAUCCACAAGAUGGAAGAACGUAUGGGCCUCUGUUCCCAUCCUAGACAUCUGCGAUGAAGCCACAUCUGACAAAACUGGGUUUAUGGCAUUUGUUGAUCGAAUACUGUUCUCUCCUCAAUCAUCUAACAUUCGAAAAUUCCGUCUUCAUUGUUCCUCUGUUGACGAUUUCUCUCGUAUUGAUAGUUGGGUCUGCCGUGCCAUCCAACGUAAUGCUGUUGAAGUUGAUCUUUGUGUUGAAUCACAUGGAGAGCAUAUUUUUGAGUUGCCUAAGCCGCUUUUAAUCUCGAAAACACUAGAGGUUUUGAAGUUGGACUCAAAUUAUGUUAUUAAUCUUCCUCUAUCAAGGAGUUUCCCCAGUCUCAGGUUCCUCCACAUUACAGUUGAUUCUCCAGAUAGUUAUGCAAUGGGAACAAUCAUUUCCUACUGCCCUGUGCUUGAAAAUCUGACUGUAGAUGGAACUCUUGGAAAUCAUGUUCGUAGUAUCACUGUCUCGGCGGCUCAACUAAAGAGUUUAAGAAUUAGAUUGAGGAGCACUACAGAUGUUCUUCAUGAUGCACACAACUUCUCGAUUAAUGCCCCAAAGCUUGAAUCCCUUGAUAUCGAGGAGGAUAUUUUGUCCAAUUAUAAGUUAGAGAAUGGAAAAUCACUGGUGAAAGCCCAUGCUCGUGUCAUUGACCAUUCUACAAUUAGAGGUUGUGACUUUCUUAACCGUGCAACUGCGCUUAUGUCAACAAUUUCCAAUGUUAAGUAUCUGUCUCUUUCAGCUAUGUACUUGGAGGAUCUUUGUCUGCCAACUUUUGGUAAUUUGAGCCACUUGAAGCUGGUUGCUAACUAUUGCAAUUACUGGGAAGUGCCAGACUUGCUCGAGAGAAUUCCUAAAUUGGAAUAUCUCGUCUUAGAAUAUAAAGUGAUAUUUAUAGGUGGAGAUUCAGAGUAUCAAAGGAUACCAACGGAGUCUGUGCCUAUUUGUUUGACGUCACACCUCAAAAGUAUCUCCAUAAGGGGAUUGAAGGGUGAGUCCAAUGAACUGGAAAUGUUGAAAUACUUGUUAAAGAAUGGUGAAGUUUUGGAGAAGAUGACUAUUUAUGCUGGUGGUCUUCUGCAUACAAAAGAGGAGUUAAACAAGGAAGUUUGUAUGUUUACAAGGGGUUCAAAGACUUGCAAAGUUGAAUACAUCUGAGAUGCAGCGCAUGGUUACAAACUUACAAGAAUCUGCUAUAUUUCUAAGCACCAUAUGUGCUGUGCUUAGAAUAAAGCAGGCAUUUUUUUUUUCAGUCUGUGCAGUCUGUUGUUUUUAAAAUUGUUAAGAUUUUUUUUUUAGUUUUUUAUUUAGCUCUGGGGAGUUUGAUUUGGCAUAAGACAUAAAUAAUACAAAUAUUUAUCGUG